UCUCAACCAUCAAAAACACCCCUCACUCACUCUCUCUCUCUCUCUCUCUUUCUAGUCUUUACUACUUAUAUUGCUCUCAUAACUGUUAACGCCAACUUCUCCCAAACACACACACCUCUCGCUACUGUUUUCUACUUUUUUUUCUCAUCUUCAAAUCUCUCUUUUCCUCUUUCUAAUUUGUAGGGUAUACCCUACAAAUGGAGGGUGCUGGUCCUAGUGGUUGUAGUGGAGAGGACUUUGAAGAGGACGUGGCAACGUCGGCCCCUGCUGCCGUACGACGGGCGCUGCAGCUGCUGGAGGAGGACGACGCUGACCUGAGGAUACAGGCCGCCUGCGACAUCCGCCGCCUCACCAAGAAAUCACCGUGCUGCCGCCGACAGCUCCGCCACGCCGUCCGCCCGCUUGUCUCAAUGCUCCGAGUUGACUCGUCCGAGUCACGCGAGUCCGCCCUUCUCGCCUUGCUUAACCUUGCCGUUAAAGAUGAAAAGAACAAAGUUAGCAUUGUAGAAGCAGGUGCAUUAGAACCUAUAGUAAGUUUCCUGAAGUCACAAAAUCCAAACAUGCAAGAAUAUGCAAGUGCAUCAUUGCUCACUCUCUCUGCCUCUGCAACCAACAAACCAAUUAUCACUUCUUCUGGUGCCAUUCCUCUUCUAAUAAAGAUUCUAAGAGAUGGAACACCACAAGCUAAAGCUGAUUCAUUAAUGGCCCUCUCCAAUUUAUCAACACACUCCGAUAACCUCCACAUCAUCCUCGAAACCAAUCCGGUCGCUUCAAUAAUCCGCCUUCUCAAACCAUGCAAGAAAUCUUCAAAAACAGCGGAGAAAUGCUGUGCUUUGGUAGAGUCAUUGGUUGGUUAUGACAAGUGCCGGACUGCGCUAACAUGCGAAGAAGGCGGGGUUCUAGCAAUUGUUGAAGUUCUUGAGAGUGGAACAAAGCAGGGUAAGGAACAUGCUGUUGGAGCAUUAUUGAAAAUGUGCCAGAGUGAUAGGUGUAAAUACAGAGAACCAAUCCUAAGGGAAGGUGUUAUUCCUGGACUUCUUGAACUCACAGUUCAAGGGACAGAAAAGUCUCAGCCAAAAGCACACACCCUUUUGCAAUUACUUAGAGAAUCACCUAAUCCAAGAUCAGAAACUGAGCCUGACACAAUAGAGAACAUAGUUUGCAACCUCAUAUCACAAAUUGAUGGGAAAGAUGACCAAGCUGAUGGUAAAGCUAAGAAGAUGCUGGCAGAGAUGGUCCAAGUCAGCAUGGAAAGAAGUUUGAGACACUUACAACAAAGAGCAGCACUUGUAUCCACCCCAAGUGAUUUGUCUAUUACUAGUUGUGCUUCUCAGGUUUCUUUAAAUUGGUAGUUUUGGGGUUCGGAAUGUUAUUGUUGUGUAUCCUUUGUUCCUAUCUUGUAUCAUAUACGUAUGCACGACAGAAUUUGUUGAUAACUCAAGUUUUUAAGAGGAUUAGAGAUUGGCUUUUAUGCAAAGUUUGUAAAUACUAAAUAAAACGUUGAAAAAAAUGUGUACAUAUACUUAUAUAUAAUA